AAAAACAGUCCUUGAUUUGCUCAAACUCUUUUCCUUUUAUAUCUUCCCUUUUUCUUCACGUAUCUUCCACUUUGUCACAACCCCUUUUUCUCUUUCUCCAUAAAACUUGGUUCUUGAACCAUAAAAAUUAAAUCUUUUUGAAUUCUUGUCUUCUUUUCUUGAAAAAUGGGUGUUCAACGUCAAGAAAAUAUUUUGGUAACUGGUGGUGCUGGUUUUAUUGGAACACACACGGUUGUUCAGCUUUUAAAUGAAGGGUUUAAGGUUACCAUAAUUGAUAACUUUCAUAAUUCUGUGGAAGAAGCUGUUGAUAGAGUCAGAGAAUUAGUUGGCUCUCAACUUUCACAGAAUCUUGAAUUCAUUUUGGGUGAUAUCAGAAACAAAGAUGACUUGGAGAAGUUAUUUUCCAAAAGAAAGUUUGCUGCUGUGGUCCAUUUUGCUGGACUUAAGGCUGUUGGAGAGAGUGUUGCUCAUCCCUUUCUUUAUUUUGAGAACAACCUGAUUGGAUCAAUAACAUUGUAUUCAGUAAUGGCCAAAUAUAACUGUAAGAAGUUGGUUUUCUCAUCAUCUGCAACAGUUUAUGGUCAGCCUGAAAAGAUUCCAUGUGUGGAGGAUUUUGAAUUGAAGGCUAUGAGUCCUUAUGGUCGAACAAAGCUAUUUCUUGAAGAUAUUGCUCGGGAUAUUCAGAAGGCAGAUCAAGAAUGGAAUAUCAUUCUGUUGAGAUAUUUUAAUCCAGUAGGAGCUCAUGAAAGUGGCAAACUCGGGGAAGAUCCAAAGGGCAUUCCCAACAAUCUUAUGCCUUAUAUUCAGCAAGUAGCUGUUGGUAGAUUGGCGGAGCUGAAUGUGUACGGCACCGACUACCCUACACCUGAUGGUACUGCGAUACGAGAUUAUAUCCAUGUUAUGGACUUGGCGGACGGUCAUGUUGUUGCACUUCAGAGACUUCUAAGGCAGAAUGAUAUAGGUUGUGUUGCCUACAACUUGGGUACUGGGAAAGGAAAAUCUGUCCUGGAGAUGGUUGCUGCCUUCGAGAAAGCGUCCGGAAAGAAAAUCCCUCUUAAAAUGUGUCCAAGAAGACCAGGUGAUGCAACUGCUGUUUAUGCAUCAACAGAAAAAGCUGAGAAGGAGCUUGGUUGGAAGGCAAAAUAUGGUAUAAAUGAGAUGUGCAGGGACCAGUGGAAAUGGGCAAGCCAAAAUCCUUGGGGAUACCAAUCAAAACCUUGAGAUGUUAAAUAAUACAAGUAACACUUGGAGGACUGCAAAAUGCUCUUCUAAGCUUUAUAUAAUUAAGUUUCUUAAAGAGUUGGACUUGUAGCCAACAUCCUAGUAUUUUACAUUUUCUGCAAACACAAAUGUAUCCGAGGACAAAACUGUUCAAUAUGCAAUAAUUGCUGUUGAUGG